AUGGUAUCAAAAGGGAUAUCAUUGUUUUUCUCCUACUUUGGUUCUCCACCUCUGUCUCGUCCUCCUGUCACUCAGAUAUACUCUCGCCACCCUCCACCACAGCAACUGGCACCAGCACUAGCACCAGUAUUGGCAUCUAAGACACCUGAGACAUUGUCCCCAUUGCCUGCCUUGCCCUCGCAUCCAGAUCCUCCUUCUAACCUAGAUCUUCCCAUUGCUUUAUGUAAAGACUUUUGGUUGUUUGUGUUUGUGUUGGUGAUGUUGGGUGGUGAUUUUUUUGAAUGGGAUUUUGUCAGUAGAGAUCAAAUUUUGUUGAGUCAUGAAUGGCAAGCCUACAUUUCUCGGACUCAUAAAUUGCGAAAGAUUUUUGUAUCUGUGGAAGGGAUAUAUUACCAGGCUGAGGUUGAGGGUCAAAAGAUUACAUGGCUGCAGCAAGUUUUGCCCGAUGAUGAUGUUGUCUAUGAUGUGUUGCUCAACUUCUUGGAAUUCUACGAGACUCUCCUUGCCUUGUCAAUUUUAAACUCUUAUCAUUCCAUAAAUGUUAAAUAUUUGCCCAUUCUUGAUCCUCACUUGGAAGCUUCAGCAGCCGGUUUGCUUCCACUCUCUUUCCUUUUAGGGGAUUGCUUGUGUGUUUGGGUUCAUUCAGGAAAAGUUGCAGCUUCUAACUUUAUGCAUUGUCAAGAUACUUUGAUACUAACUAUAGAACUGCUGAGCAAAUUGAGGAAACUAAACGAGAUGAAUCUGAACUCAAGACUUGCCCAACUUCAGCAUCAACUUCCUUCCAUUGAACCUGGUGCACUGAUGCAACUUGUUAAAGGUGCUGCUGAUGAAAAUGAAGAGGAUGAAGAUACAAAGGAGUGUAAGAAACUCUUAAAGAAUAUGAAAUUCUUCUCGAGUCGUGAGGUUCCAAGGGAGUCGUUGCUUUUUGUCAUCCCUGCUUUUGGUGGUGUUGUAUCUUGGAAGAGAGAGGGGGCUCCCUUUGAGAAAGCGGACCUCAUCAAGUUGGCCAUAAAUUACUCCAUCAUAUAA